AUGGCGUCUGAAUCUUCGUCAGUACACAGUCAAGGAUCACAAAAUCCGGCACGACUUACAGUUAUCGAACAUGCCGUACAAUGCCUGACUACUGACAGAAGCACAUGUUGUUGUGUCCAGAGAGAGUAUGUCAAAGAUUGUUGGAACUACGUGAGGGAAACUUUUCAAAAUGAACAAAAACAACGCAUGGAAAAUGAAGUAGACGAGUGGGAACGUUUCCAUGAUAGUCAACUUCAAACAAGGAAGGCAUCAGAUUUGCGAGUUUGUUAUCUAGGUUCUAGCGUAUCGGACCUCGUAAACGAUCUACAACUUCUCAUUGAGAAUGGUGUACUGUGUUGGAACGUCUGGGUAGUUUUUAAAGGUUCCGAAUCUCUAAGAACGGUUGGCAAAACCCUCAGUGAGUCGAAAUUAAGAAGUGUCAAAUUGCGAAAGGGUGACUUCUUAAGCUUUUUGAAAGAUUUUGAAGGACAAUUUGACAUCAUCUAUUUUGAUCCAUGUGCCUCGCUUGCUCAGGAGAACACCUUAAAGGUAAUCGGGUAUGUCUUUUACUACAACAGACUGUCAUCGCCAGGUGCUUUGAUUACCACAUUUUCGUUUCCUCCUCUCAAGCAGCCUGUAGAACACUGGGACGACGACCUUUCAGGUGUCCACUGUUUACUUAAUGGAAGAAAGGAAAACAUCCCAAAGAAACUUUCUCAUGAAAAUGAAACAGAAGAAAAAAGAAGCAACAAGAAGGAACAAGAAGGAAAGGCAGUCAAGUUUCUGCUUGAACAGUACUUAAAAUACAGGGCUCCUCAGUUUGAUGCAAAAUCUCUUAGUGAGAGAAUUAAUGAGGAAAAGUAUGGUGAUUACAUUACUUAUCAAGUGAUUGACUCAGCCUCUUUGUUUGUUCCUGUUGAAAGGAUGCUAUUGUCAACCAAGCCAAGAGUUUGGGCUGAGAUAUUUGAUAACACAGGUGACAUUCUUGAAGAAAUAUUGUUACCAAAUUUGAAAGACAUUGCUAAAGGGACUGGCAAAUCAAUAGAAGAACAAUCUCAAGCUCAAGAGAAACCCAACACUAGCGUGCCUGUAUGUGACCACACUGCUGGAGAGUCCCAUUUACAAAACAUCUCCUCUGUUUUGAAAUCAGCUGAGGCAUCAAGCUCCAUAUGGAAAACCUGGGUUGAUGAAAUUUUUCCCAACCGGGGGAAUUCUUGUUUGCAGAAGUGUGACAUUUCAUUGCUGCUUUUAACUCCACUUCUGUUUUCUUCACAUGAAUUCAUUUUAAAGUAUUCCAAAUCACAGUUUAAGAGUACAUGCCUUAACCCUAUUUCUCAGUGUUUUCCUGACUGUAGCAAAAUUGGAAGUUUGUGCAGUAAAGUACCUGGCCCUUGCACAGGGUGUUUGGUGGCGAACCUCCUUUAUGGCCAGCUGGCUAACCCAUCAUUUCCUGUCAUGAAUAAGCUGCUACGUCUCAGAUACACUUCUAAGGGCAACAAGGUCUUCUCAGAUGUGUUCAUUUUUGAUAAGUGUAAAUAUGUAUAUGACCAAUUCCCUACAAUUGAGGGGGCAUGUCAUUCUAUAUCAGAGCCCAUGCUGCAGAUGGUUUACAGAAUGGCUUUGGAUGGCUUGAGAAAGCACCUGGGAUCAGUUUCUACAAGUCUUUUUCAGUUUCCGGAUGAAAUUUGCAAUGGGUGCCAUCAGUCUCCAGAAGACUUGUGCCUUCCUAAAAGGCAGGUGCUGGAAGGAGAAUGUGUGCAAUCUAAUGAAGCUGCUGCCCAUUUAGAUCCUCUUCAAGAAGUAGAAUCAGAGCUGACAAAGGGAGCAGCGAUCAAAGAGGUAAUGAUGUUAGAUUUUUUGUUGGUAGUAUUUUUAGCGGCCCUUUCCUUCGCAGGAACUUGCGAACGAAAGGGUUAAAGGACAAAAAAUGGAAAGAGAAAGUUCAAAAGAAUGCGCAGCCUUGUUUUUGUGGAGGAAGGGAAGCUUUUCAUCAAGAAAUCGUCCUUUGAGGAAUUCAACCUUGUUUCCUUCAAUGUGGAGUACAUGGUCUGUUUUGAAAUGCAACCAAGAAAACAAAGUUUUUGCUGAAUUUUCAGGUACAUUUUGCACUCCAUGGCCAAGACGAUUACGUUUUUGAAAGGGAAUUUAUGUAUUUUUAAAUGUUUCAUAGACGUUUUAUAAAUUUUUUUUUCGGUGCUAAAGAAAAAUCACAAAAUGUGCCCCAAUUUGAGAUGUAUUUUGUGUUGAAUUUUGCCAUGUGCUCAGCCGAUUUCACUUGCGUGAACAGAUCCACGAUCCAGAUAGUGGUUUGCGAAUUGCUUUAAAGCAUUAACUUUUUGGAUGUUGAAUAAAAAUGUUCAAGAAACGGCUUCUCUGUCUAUUGUUUUGAGUUUGUUCAUUCAUAAAAUUAGCUCAAAACACGAUCGCGACUACAGCAUCCAAACAGAAUUUAAGCUGAAUGUUUCUCACAUUCAUUACACGCGUCACUUUUUGCGAAGAUGUCAGGUUCAGGUUUUGGACACUUUUCGAUACGCAGCUGAUGAAUUUUAUUCAAAAUAUUUUUUACUGUUUAUUGUAGACUUUUAAUAUAAGAAUUUAAAAGCCUAUUUGCAGUAUAAGUCUACUGUGCAGAGGGUCAAUGAGGCAUCGGUUUUUGAAGUGACAACUUCAACAAGUUGCAAGGACAUCAGUGGGUUUCAUAAUGUUACGUUUGGCCCGGGUGGUAAGCCAAUAAUAUCCUGCUUAGUAUUCGGUAAGCUAAGAUUCCUGGUUUUAACCUUUGAAAGCUUUCUCAUUUUUCGGGAGUUUUUCCCCCAUUUGUCAGCCAUUUUUGUAAGCGGGCGUGGAAACGUGAAGUAAAAUUACGUCACAUUGUUUACAAAGUUUGAUUGGUCAGUUAUCUUUUCUUCUCAUUCCAAAUAUGGUACUUUGGAAAAUUAAUAAUCACGAGCACCAGACAAAGCAAACAUAUGAGAGUUACACGUUCCAACCCUUAUGGGUUUCUGUUAAGGGUCAAAGUUGUAGCAAAUUUUGCUGAGUGAAGUAGUUGAUGCUUUUUGCCUGCUUGGAUUUCCUGCUGUUUACCCCAAGAUAUUAACCAUGUUCGUUCAGCCAAGAUGGCUGGGUGUGUGUGUUCUUACUUUUGUGUUUUUAUUGACCUUGACUUCAGGUGGAUUCAUUUGCAACAUUGUGUAGCUGUCACAUUUGCCUGUUGGAAUUUUUCAUUAUUUUUAAGCGAAAAACAAUGAAAAAUUCCCACAGGCAAAUGUGACAGCUAGAUGCGUAUGUUGCAAAUGAAUCCACCCUUCAUUUCAGUCCAUAAAAUGGGGAAAAAAAGACCUUGGCCAAUGUCCAGCCAUCCUGACCUUGUGCUUGGUCAAUAACACAUAUAACGUAUUUUUUCAGUUAUAAGGCGAAGAAUUUUGUCAACAAAAGUUUGCUUGAUAGCUCUAAAUCUGUUGUAAUUUUGCGGUGUGUCUUAUCAUGGUAUAUCUUCAGGCAACUAAACAAAAUCGAGUCAAAUUUUAUUAGUUGAAAAGCCCAAGCUGCUCAUCUUCUUCUUUGUUAUCAGUCCUCAAUGACCUCUACAUUUUUUUAAAGCUGGUGAUUGCCACAACAAAUUAUUUUGCUGAUUUAAAUGAAGAUAUGAUUGUCGCAGUGGUAAUCAGGGCAGUGUGCAAGGGAAGUUGGUUUUACAGUUAGCCAUUUGGGCAAGUAGUUGCCAGUAUGUACUAGCCCAAGUGUCUUUUAAGUAACCCCAAAAAAUUUUUGUUGAGCAGCAUUGAUUACAGUUCUUCUGUAAUUUGAAUUUCUCCAAAGGCUUCACUGACCCUUCGGGCAAGUUAAGAACAGGACUGACUGGCCCAAUUGCAAAAUCCACUAUCCUCAGGCUAUUGUACAUGACUUUCUUUGCGUGCUAAUCAGGGGCACCCAACAAUGGUUUCCUCCUAAAUGCAUUGAAAAGUCUUUUUAGGUUUUCCAGAGUAUUUUUAGAUCUCUAGAAAUGCAUUCUGAGUGGCGCUAUAAAAUUUGUAUCUGUUCAGUCAUCCAAGGGGAACUUGAGGCUUUUCGAAAUUACAAGGGCUUCAGUGUUAUUUUUCCGAAAAUUUUAGAUGUAAAUUAACGUUAUACAAAAGUGAGAAUUUUGCUUAUUGCUCUCUCCACCACAUUUUUGAAUCCAAAACUUUUAGGUUUCCUUUUUUUUACGAAAAUUAGCCUAACAGUAGGAGUAAAAGACAAAAAAUUAAACUUCAGAAAAUCGUAGGGAAUUUUUUAGAUGAGCUUCGAAAAUUGUACCUAAAUGGAACACUCAUCUAGAAAUUUUUAGCCGUAUUCAAGCAAUAGGAAAAUUCUGGGCAAAAUUUGCUUCUCUGAACAGAUAUUUUACAGAGAACAGUUGUUGGGUGCCCCUGGGUAAUUGCAAUUUAAGCAAUUGCAAAUAAACCUGAAAAAAAAUAUUUUGGGACUUCAACAGGAUUCAAACCCAUGGCUUCUGUGUUAGCGCUGCAGUGCUCUAACCAAUUGAGCUCUGAAGACCCAUACAUUGGGAGCAGGCCAAUUUGUUGAUUUCAUCUUAACCCGUGAAAGGAGAGAAACACAGAAUGAUGAUGUGAACUGUGGAAAUACAAACUUAAAUGAAGAUAUGAUUGUCACAGUUGUAACGGCAAUUUAAGUAAUUGCAAAUUAACCUAAAAAAUAUCCUGCGUUAGCACUGCAUGCUGUAACCAAUUGAGUUAGGAGGACCUAUACAUAGAGAGCAGGCCAAUUUGUUGUGUUCAUCUUAACCUGUGAAAGGAGUGAAUCACAGAAUGAUUAUGUGAACUGCAGAAAUACAAAUUUAAAUGAAGAUAUGAUCGUCACAGUGCAUUUCUGACCAUAUAAUGCAAGACUAUGGUCUUGGAAACUACCACUACGGUAUGAGCAUGUGGCAACAACCACACAGCAUGUGUGCCUUUGGACUGUGUGGUGGCCAUUUUGUUGAAAACUGAUGUCCUUCAUGGUGACGUCAAAUCAUUUCCAUCUGCUAUCCCCUUAAAUCUAACAAAUUUUUGCACUGCAUCUUCUAUAUCAGAAAGAACCAAAUCCUGAAAUUGACUUAGCCUGUGUACAGCACCCCCUCCCUUCAGAAUUUUUUUUUUUUCUGAGGGGAGGGGGUGGCUGUACAUGAGCUAACAGUGACUUUGCAUUGGCAGUUGUUUGUUUGGGGAGUGGGGGUCCAAGUUAUUUGUUUUAGAAUACUGAUCCACAUAAUUAUGCACCUAUCAAUGUAAAUCCCGUGGGGGGGGGGAGUGCGGGCAAGGGGCGGGGAUUUGAUGCCUGAGGCUAUCCCCCUGUCGAGCUUUUGAUCGUGCGAAGCUACCCCUGGGUCGGGACAUUUGACUUUGACCGACAGAAGCCUGGUAUCAAUUCAAAAGCGGUUACCAAAUCCGUCCCUUGAGGCUUUCUGAAAGUCACACUGUUGGAGAAAGGUGUGAAGUUUUCAUUUGUUUUAAUCGCCAUAAUCCAAUACUUUAAACUGUCAUCUCAACAGAUAAUGUCUAUUUUGAGAAAGUUUUUAUCUUCAAGUUCCCAUCUGAUUGUAAAACUUGAUUGAAAUUGAAUUCCACCAUGAAAGUCAGAGGAUUUUUUACGGGUCACUGAUCCGACCUGUUCCGACAUGUUGAGCAGAUGUUAUAAAGCAUUUUACGUUUCAUUAAUAUUAUAAUAGCACGGUCAAUCUUCCUAGAGUGAUUUUGUUGUUCAAAAUAAGAGAUGCUAGUGGAGAGAGAAAAAACUUAAUUACAGCGAGUAAUUUAACGGAGCUUACGNAAUCCCCCCCCCUUGCCCACCCCCCCCCUCCCCCCCCCCCGGGGUUUACAUUGAUAGGUGCAUUAGAAGCAUUGUUUAAGUGUUGCAUGCAGACAAUAAUUGUACUCAUAUAACUGCCUUCACAGCCUUGCAUGAGCAGUCUUGAAGGACAACCCAAGAUUGAUGAUACAAGUUUAGAAGAUUUAGAACUCUCUGAUUGUACAGGGACAGAAGGUAUUGAUAUUGUUGUUUACUAUAUGGCUUGUAUUCCUUUAGUUGAACAGAAUUACAAUGGGACCUUCUCAAAGUGGCUGCUUGUGGGCCAUGCAGUUUUGUUUAACUUUAGUUGGCAGCGUCAAAUUGUGAUACAAAGAGAUGCUUUGCCAGGUUGUUCACAGCGAACAUUGUGAAUCACGAGACAAACAUUGAAGUCCAUUACUUGAUAAAGGUACAUUCAUUUGAGAUGAUCUGGAUCAGGAUCAGUGAUCCGACAUACUCCUCUCAUGGUAGAUUAAAUGAAUCAAUGAAUCCACUCUGGACAAUGAUUCAUUGGUCUCUCUGAUCUACCAUGAUCCGAGUGAUCUUGGAUGAUUCGAAAGGAAUGCACCCAAAGAUUCUGAGAUGGUAUCAAAAGCUUGUGCAUGCUGAAGAAGCUAUUAUGCUGGAGUUUGAAACCUCAUUUAUGUUCAGCAAGUAUAUGUUAGCAUAUUCUGAUUCUUAGUCAACACACAUACUGUCAAACCCAUUUCAGAUGGUUUGCAUGGGCCUUGAAAAGUCCUUGAAAAAGCAUGGUGUCCUUGAAAAAUCCUCAAAUUAUCCUUGAAUUUUCCACAGAAGUCCUUGAAUAUUUUUGAAAGCUCCUUGAAUAAAAAUAACCUUUGCUAAAAACAAGAUGGAAAGCACAGCAAAUAAUUCGUAUGCCAAUUUUCUUGGUGAUCAUGAAAGUGUGUCUUCUCAUAUUUUGGUCUUCUCAGUAAAGUUCUUUUUCUGUCAUUGAGCUUAUAUGUCAGUGUUCUAAGCUUAUGUAUCUUCGUGGUUUUGUGGCUUUGUGGCUUUGUCUGUUUUUGUCUGUUUGGAUGUGUGUUGCAGGGGCCAAUAAGGUUGAAGGUACUAUGAGUUGAUUGCUAGGAACCAAUGAGAUAUGGCAUCUAAACAUGACAUUGCUGCCCCAAAGGUCAAACAAGGGCACUUUCAGACCACCAUUUUGGUGCUUCACAAUUUUGUUGUCUUUUAUUACGGCUAAAGGUGUUUAGAAGCAUAACAUUUAAAUAACUUCAUGAUUCAAAGACUGAGUACAGUGAUGCAGCUGUUUAAGGGUUCAUAUUUUAGUGUGACUGCUGGUUCAAGACAUUUAGGACCUAAUUCUGCUAUUGUGAACAGUGCAACGUACAUGAAUUCUGUUUCACCUGCUUCAAAGUGAAGAACAAAAAAUGAUAGUUUUGAAAGGUCUACAAAUGAAACGUUAAUAAUUAGUAUUUAGCUUGACUUUAACUUGGAAGUAUGUGUAAUCUUUUUUAGAAGCUUUAACAAGAGAUGAUUUUUUUAAAGCUGUAACAAAUAAAUUAGUAUUCCGUAAACAUACUUUAUUCUUUCUUGUACAAAGUUCAACAGACUUUUAAAUUCACAUUUCAGCCACUUAAGUGCUACCAUAUCUGAAACAUGUUUACCAUUAUAAACAUAAUUAAAACAUAGUAUUUAAAGAUGCUCAACUUUUGUGUCAGCCUGUAAACUUGGAAGUAGCCAGUUGACGAAAUAAUUAGAUCACUAGAUUACUGUGUGAUAACUUGAAUUAAACCAUGAAAGGGGACAAAGUCCCAACACUUUCACGUGCCAACUGUGUGACUGUACAUCUCAUGCAGAUUGGCUUUUAACAGUAAUAAUAGUAACUUGAACGUAUGAAGACCUGUUUCAUUUUGCAACCAAUGCCUUAAAAAAAGGCUCUUGUCUUUUAAGAAGCAUUAGCUUUUAAAACAUGAAGAAUUAAGUUGUCAGAGUUAAAGACUGUUUCAUUGAGUAGAAUUGCACAUGAAAACCUUUGAAUUAUGAUGAUGCAACCAUUUACCAAAAGGAUAAAAAUCCUGGUGUUUCAUAACUAUUUGGUAUUUGAUGAGCCACAUUUUCUUAAGAAACUCUGAGGAAACCUUAGAGUUUUCCUUCUAAUCAACAUUUGGUGAGUUGAUAUUUAUUGUACUUUAACAGUUUGUUUAACUUGCGCCAGAUGUAUCAGGGAAAGACAGAGGAAAGUAAAUAUAGAGCAUGAGGAUCAACUCAGCUGAGCAUUUCACAUUUUCAUUUAUGUACUGCAAUACCCAAUUUCCCCAAAAGAGAAAAAACAGUCAAUAUUCAGGAUGAAAAAGGUAGAUUUAUCAUUCUUGGUCAGUUACACUGAAGCAUUUAAAACAGCUCAUGCACGUUAAAAGGGCCUAUGUUUUGAAGUACCCUAAGAACCAUGCCUUCCUGGGGGAAGGUAUUUCAAUCAUUGCAAUAAGUGAACCCUCCACCCAUGCAUUUGGAAGUAUAUUUCAAUAUUGUUUUUAAUUGGUAAGAUGAUGGCUACACAUUCAAAAGGGCAAAAGGGUCAGUGUACAAUAAGAAAUUGGAACUUGAGGAGAUCAAGGAAAUGAAAAUGAAGAAGGGAAGAGUAGAUUUGGAUAUUAAGUCUCUGACUGAAACACCAGGUGAGACAAACUUUGCUUGAAAGCAGAUUCCACAUUAACUUGUGUCACGGAAGCCAACUUACUGAAAAAAACUGCCAAGUAGAAAAUGCAACAGUUUGCUGACUUGGAUGCAAACAUUAAUGCCAGUGUGUAAAAGCUUAAACAAUAGUCAUAGUCAGAUUCUGUCUCUAAUACACACAAUCUGAACAUUUUCCACAGGUUUGUACUUUUACUUCAUGUCAUUCUAUGUCAAAUUCUGGGAAAAAAUGAAAAAAUGAUUUUGUUCCUUGAAAAGUCCCUCAUUUCCCCCCAAACAUUCUGUAUGAACCAUGUGUCCUAAGCCCAUCUAUUUGAAAAAAUAAGUUAUAGACUCCCCUCUUCCCCCAUUCACUGGGUUAUAGACCCACCUGUAUGGAUGUAUUAUUCUGAUUUUUGAUGUCUAGGUUAUGGUUAAAGUUUGCAUGUAAUUUUGUUUUCCUUUCUGGAUUGACCUGAACUAGAUGAUGAACUGUAUGAUCUAGGGCUUCCUUUGUGCAAGUUUUCUUGGUGUAGAAAUGAAAAGUAUGCUAUGUUGUUAAAAAUGAAAAUUCAAUUUUGUACUUUUUUGAUAAUAUGGAUGGGUCAUGAAUAGUUACCAUAAUCAAUCAUGUACAAGCCGCUAGAGAGUAAGAGAAAAUGAGUAGCCCGAGUUAUCAUGCAAAUCAUGUGUAGACAGGUCUCUUAAACGUAGUUCAAUAGACUUCAUUAAUUUUGUAGAAAGCAUGAAAGUCCAAAAACAUUCUAUCAUUGUUUGAAUGGAAAUGUAACAAAUUUAUAAACCAACAUUCCACAGGAGAAAGGAAUCAACAGUAUGUGCAAAGCAUAUAACUCUUACUUAAAAGAUAAACUUCCAAUUCCAGCAAAGUCACUUAAAGAAGCGCUCAGACUUAUGAUAACUUAUCUUAAAAGAAAACUCAUUCCUUUUUUUAUCUAAGUUCAUUCCUCUGAAAUACUGUAGAACCUGACGUGAGUUCUUUGUCAAACUUUUACCAACUGUUAUUUUUAUGCUGCAGGCAAAGUAAAUUUUUAAUUAAAAUUUGUGUGUCCCCGUCUUUUACAUAUGCAAUGAUUUCUCAAAAUACCGAUAGGAUUAAAUUUAAGUACAUACUUUGAACAUACUGCCAACGAUUGUUUCUUUUUCUACAAUGAAAAUUAGUCUAUUUAUUCUAGAAAAAGAAAGUGAUUGCUUAUUUAUUUAUUUUUUUGAAAAAAGAGAAACAGAAUGUUAGGUCACCACAAUAGCCGCCAUGUUAAUCACAAUAGGUGCGCAAUGCAUAACUAAAGAAUAACCCUAGUGGAAAGAAAAAAGGAAAAAAAACUUCAAACAUAUGGAACAGCAAUAGGAUCAAAGGUUGCCGUUGCUUUCAUGAAAUAAAAUGGUGAGUGUAGAUUCAGUUAAAUGAAAGCACUCUAAAGCCAGUCAGUUGGAAAAGUUACAUAUAUGUAGACGAUUCUCCCUGGGACACCAGAAGAGGGAAAAUAACACAAUUCACCUAUUUACAGUUGAAAUCUCUGAAAGAAUCUCAUUUCUAUAUACAAUUGUGUACAAAGGGAAAAGAUUUUAAAGCACAUCAACUAUCAAAAAAGGGACACAUUUUAAGUCAACUUAUUACCUUUUUUGCAUAGACCAUAAUGCACUUUGUUUACCCCCCAAUUUUGCAUAACCAUUGUUUCCAAUUUCGCCUGGUCUAUGUGGUGAAUACACACUUCUCAUCUUGCCACCCAUUAGGGAUCUAGAGAUGUUUUAUCAAAUGCAAAGGCAAAGCUCCAGCUACUCAGAGCAAAUUCGUCUAAAAAGAAUUUUCCAAAAGAGAGGAAGUAUUCCAAAGGCACCUUAGUGAGUGAGGCUAUCCACAAAACUUAAAAAUAGAAAGUCUCUCUGUCAUGUAUUCUGGAAACAGAAAAGAGGCACUCUAACAAGAAUCUUCAAGACAAAAGUCCAAUCUGCCCUUUUUCUCACAAUAUCAACCAAAGAUUGCAUGCUAAGACUCUUGAGUCGAUAAGAGCAGACAGAAACACUCUGUCUUGGUCUGUUCACAUUAAGGUUGUUCUCUUGUAGGUUUACUAUUAACAGUGUGUACAAUAGGUACAUACAUUUCACUCAUUAGAAAAUGACGGCAUUCAUUCUUGUGAUCACUGUGUUUACCGGAAACAUAUGGCUUUGCUUACCUCAGGCUGGCUUCAAGGGCAAGUGGCCAAGUACUCUGCUUUAGUCUGCUGGCCCAUUUUACCCAUACUCUUACACCUUGCACAUGCACUAUAUAUGCCAGAGGGUGAAUUUUUUUUAACACGUUUUUAUCUUGGAUCACCAACCGAUAAGUAUGUGUCCUUUGGUCGUGCAGCAAUGUAAAUGUUCAAAUUGUGAGUUUUGGCUACUUGUGCUUUUACAUCUCCCUUCAAAUCUGUCUUUAUUUUAAGUCGUUCUUGUGUAUAACUAUGAAACUGAUUAGGGUACCAUACUUCCAGUUAUUUAGAAUGGUCAAUGAAUGUAAUUUCAAGGAUAAUUUUCAGUUGGUUUGCUGCAGUACCGGAAAUUACACAUGCACACUGUCUUACCACACCAAGACUAUAGUCACAGACAAACAUCGUUGGGAAGGCUGUACAACUGAACAGUAGUCCAUUUUAAUCCUCAAAAAAAGAGAGUUUCUCUUUUACUAUAUCAACCAUCCUAUUCAGUGCUGGGUUAUAACAGUAUACGUUGUAUGUAAUUCUAUUUUUUUGCUGUAUCCUAACAAAUAUCAUUUCAUAAAAUUUUGUUUCAAUGUAAUGUAUCUCCUGUUUUCAGGCCUUGUCCCGCCAGCGGUGAGAUCUAGAGGAAGCAAAUCCAUAGCAGCUUAUAUGAGAGCCUUAAAGAAUGGUAAAACAAUGGUUGUACCUGUGCGAGUUAUUUUAAUUGGUGCAACUGGAGCAGGAAAGUCAAGUCUGCUGAAUGCCUUACAUCGAAAGUUCAGCAUGGAUGUACCACUAGACCAGGAUGAGUUAAUGGCUUGGAGUGAAACUGUUUGGGAACUUACCGAGUUUCCUGCACGACCUCGGGCGCCCCUUUCAGUACGAGGAGUCAGUAGCCGUGGAGAUUUGCCGUUUCAUGUAGAGGAGUGGUGGCCUCCUAGAAGGCCCUUCAUGGAGUGGCCUACCCACCUUUUAGAAGGUAAUGCAAAUACUCUAUACGAUAUGGAGAUUAUCUCUUGGACAACCAAAACACAUCUUUCAUUGUUUUUGUUUUUUUGGAUUGAAGUUACUAAACACAUUUUUGGUUCUUUUCAGUAACAUGUUGUGCUCAUUAUGAACAGGGCCUUCCAGAGAGGUUGAUGAAUCUCUCUUUUUUGCGUUCCUUGUUCUUCUAACCUGUGUACAUUCCUAGUCUUAAAGUAGUCUGAAAAAGAUCUGUAUGUAAUGUUUCAUGAACUAAAAGUAGUAUUUGUGCUAAGUCAAAGUGGUUCUGUUUUUUUAUUUUCAGUGAGUUUAAUUAUUGUAUAUCUGUGUACAUGUACAUGUAUAACUCUGGUGCAUGUUAAAUGUUGCAGUUAUAUUGAUACAUAUUUCUGAUGAGUACAUGUCGCCUGUACUCAUGAUGUGGUUUUAAGUCGGGAAUAUCUUUGUCUUUGUUUCUCCCUGGCUAUUAAAGCUUAAAAGGGGCCAAUGUAUAAAGAGCACAGAUGACAAUUUUGUUAGAAAUAAAAAAUCGCCAGCUUUUCGGAUGCCGGCAAAUUUUGCAGUGGAAUGCCUUGAUCCAAGAGAUUAUGAUGGGAAGAUAUCUAUAUUUUCCAGGGAUCCAUAUUCCCAGUUGUCUGGUCAUCCCAGACGACUACAAUCUCUUAUGGACGAUUAAAAUAACUUCAAAAGUCGCCCUUCGGACGAGUGAAUUUUUGCUCAACCACAAAAUCUUUUCAAAAGUUCUUGUAUGAUUUUAUGAAUUUUCCCUGUGUUUUGAUUACUCCUCUGAUCCACUUAAAACUUAGACUAGUGGAGAAUAACAAGCAGCUUUAGUCUGCAAUGAAACCAUAAGUUUGGGCUCCAUCUUUGAUGGUGCAGCAUUUUCUACAAAACGAUUGCAGCCUGAGUUUUUGGUGAAGUACUGCAUUCAGAGGCCAUUUGUAGAAAACGUGACAGAAAUCAUUAACAUCUGGCGUUUUUUAGAGGGCAUUUCGUCGCGUUUGGCAGAAAAAAAAAGGUGAAGCAGAACCCAACGAUGCCUUAUACACUUUAAGAUCUGACGUUUUUAGAAGAAUUUUCACAAAAAGGUGGGACAAGAGCUGCUGCCUUAUACAGGGAAAUUGAAGCGCACCGUCUUGACUGUCCGACUGUGGCUACUUACCACACGUAAAUACACUGUGUUUAGCCUAGGCCAGUAGCCUGUUGUACUUUACAGUUUAGUUAAAACCCUUUCAUAGUAACAAUAACGGAAAUAAAUUCUAAUCAGAAAUGUUUAAGUUGCACACAACUUUUUCACCAUUCUUUUAAGCUUACAUAAAUCUACACUUUUGUCCGGGCAACCCAAAUUGUGAACGGACAAUUAUGCCAUCAGUCUUACUUGUUUGGCUGACAACUCUGUGAAAAAAUGAAUAUGGAUCCCUCAUUUUCAUGAAGAAAUUGCCUAACUGGUAGAAAUGCAAGGAAAAUGUUAGGUAGUGGUAUGUUUCUUUCUUAAGACACUGAAAAAGCCAUUGACAAACAUAAAUUAAUUCACAGCAAAGGGCUGAGAUUUAACCUUGGUAUCUCUUGGCAAAUAAGCUACUAGUCAUCUUCAUGUAGUUUUUACCAGCCCUUAUGCAAGGCUAAACUGCCUGGAAUACAUUCUGUUGCAUGAAUGGAUUGUCAUUUGAAGGGCUUCACAAGAGCUUCCACGAAUGAAUAGCAGAAAAACCUCUAGUUUCUUUAGAGUCACUAUUAGCUUGAUGGGUCUCUAGAGUAAGUGCUCUCCUUUGACCACCAUAGAGAGAGCACAUAGGUGAAAAAUUCACCGUAUUGUAUUGAAGCUGUGAGUCACAAACUAGCUAUUGAAAGUAGAUAGCUUGACUUGAACAUGCCUUGGCUCCGUACAGGGUAAAUUUAAUAAGACUUUUACAAGUGUAGCUAUUGUUUUUAGACUCCUAAACAAUGGCUACACUUGUAAAGUACAAGUGUAAAAGUUUUAUUAAAUUGACCCCAGGUUGCACAAUUGCAGUGGGAAAAAUAGUUGCAGGUCGACUUGUUUCUGAAAUAUCUGAUUUGUUUCUGGUCAAGGAAUGCUGCCUUUACCUUGUCCAUAUAUCUCUGUUAUAUAGUGAACUUGAGUGGAAUUCUCUAUUGGAAUACUCAAGUAAAACUUUUAUCGAUGGCGUGAGUGCAUUUUCUAGGAUGAAUCUCGCCAUUUUGACUUGCUCUUUAGGAAACUUCCCAACUCAGCCUCACACUGGAUUGCGAGCGAAAGCGUACUCGGGCCAAAGAUUGCUUAUUAUCGUAAUGCUGCGGCAACAACUGUGUUUAAACUUCCGAGAAGAGGCAUGUAUUUUAAGUCCAAUAAUUAUUCUACCUCCACUUUUUCCAUUCAAGGUCGGAUACUUUCUGGCGACUUCAAAUUCCAUCCAGGGAUACCAAGGAAUAAAUAAAAUGAAAAAAAAAAAAAGACCACAAGGUCGAUGCAACAACUAUUUUCAAUUGAGUUCAAACUUUCUUUUGUUAAGGUGGCUCGACUGGAUUUUUUUAGGGGAUACCUCCCAAGUUUGAGCCUUAACUACGUCGGCAUGAGUAAAGAUAUGGAAAAAAGGUUACCACAACUGUAUUAUAUAAAGAUGAAAAUUUCUUAUGAUCUGGGUUUUAUUGCAAUCGGAGUCGCCAUGGCAACGUAAUGACGCCAUUACGUUUUUCAUUUAUCUUUGUGUUUCUCUGUACCAGGAGUUUUUUGAAGAAAUCGCUUAAGGGAGUAUGUACCUGCCAUAAUUGCCUCCAUUAUGGCAAAGUUUGAAGAAAUUCUAUGAGAGCGUUUUCGAAAUAUUUUGAAAUAUAGUUUUAAGAAUAAUAAAAACGGUGAAAUAGCAUGCUACCUACACAAUUCGCUAAUAUUUUAAGAAAAUGAUAAGCUUUGGAAACGAGGCCUCAUCUCAUAGCGGUUUGAUUCCAUUGAAAACUGCAUACGAAAAAAUAGGGGAAUUGCUCUGGGCGAUCGCGAGUAAGAAGAAUUUUAUUAACUUGCAUUCAGCUGCUUUUGAUACAGGUUUUGGACGUAAUUUGGUCCAUGCCUAAAAAUUUCGCAUUUUUCCAAAAACCGCUCGAUAAAUUUUUUUAUAAAUUCGACAAUCCCGAGAUCAAUUGUCAAGGAAUAUUCCCUGCAAGUUUCAAGAACAUUGAAAACAGGGAAGGCUUUUAAAUAGGGCCUCAAAUAUAGCCAAUUUUUUCCCCAGAUUUUGUGUUUACAAGUGAGCGUCCUCAUUAUUCACUGGCAUUGUUUUCAAGUUUCAUAUACACGUGCACAUUUAGCAAAAAGAUAGAAUUUGCAUCAAAAAGGACCCUCGGUUAAAUCUCCGGGAUAUGCUAAUUACCGGGUAAAGAGAUUAAUGAUAUAUUAUAACAUCAGAGCAACUCUUUGUGAGAGUUUCUGUGAUGUUAUAACCCGAGUAAGAUAAUUAAGUAUUCCAUCCUACACGAUGAGCCGUGACGUUCACCGUUUCGGCUCUCACUGCUGUCUGUGACGACAAGCCAAUUAUUAGCAUACUCCAGAUAUUUCUUCGGAAAGUAAUCGAGAGUUCUUUUUGAUGCAAAUUUAUAACUUUUGCUAGUUGUGCACGUGCAUAUGAAACUUGAAAACAAUGCCAGUGAAUAAUGAGGGCGCUCACUUGUAAACACAAGAUCUGGGGGGAAUAUUGGUUAUAUUUGAGGCCCUAUUUAAAAGCCUUCCCUAUUUUCAAUGUUCUUGAAACUUGCAGGGAAUAUUUCUUGACAAUUGAUCUCGGGAUUGUCGAAUUUAUAAAAAAAUUUAUCGAGCGGUUUUUGGAAAAAUGCGAAAUUUUUAGGCAUGGACCAAAUUACGUCCAAAAACUGUAUCAAAAGCAGCUGAAUGCAAGUUAAUAAAAUUCUUCUUACUCGCGAUCGCCCAGAGCAAUUCCCCUCUUUUUUCGUAUGCAGUUUUCAAUGGAAUCAAACCACUACGAGAUGAAGCCUCGUUUCCAAAGCUUAUCAUUUUCUUAAAAUAUUAGCGAAUUGUGUAGGUAGCAUGCUAUUUCACUGUUUUUAUUAUUCUUAAAACUACAUUUCAAAAUAUUUCGAAAACGCUCUCAUAGAAUUUGUUCAAACUACGCCAUAAUGGAGGCAAUUAUAGCAGGUACAUACUCCCUAAAGCGAUUUCUUCAAAAAACUCCUGGAACAGAGAAACACAAAGAUAAAUGAAAAACGUAAUGGCGUCAUUACGUUGCCAUGGCGACUCCGAUUGCAAUAAAACCCAGAUCAUAAGAAAUUUUCAUCUUUAUAUAAUACAGUUGUGGUAACCUUUUUUCCAUAUCUUUACUCAUGCCGACGUAGUUAAUGCUCAAACUUGGGAGGUAUCAACCCCAAAAAAUCCAGUCGAGCCACCUUAAGUAGUGAAUCGAAUAAUUCAUAGUUAAAAUACCCGUAACAAAAUUGUGUAAGAACUGACCCACUUUGAUUAGCCUUUGCUAUCUGCAGGUCAAAUCAUUUACUGUAUUAUUGUUAUAUAAAUUCUAAUAAAGUAAAAAUCAGUGUCUCUAUGGCUGUAUUUUUGCUUUGCUUACCUGAAAAACUAAGGUUUAAGGAAAUUCAGCAAUUCUUGAACAACUUUUUGUUUUAACCAAAAUUUAUUUCUUACAUUCUUUGUGCAUUGGGCCCUUAAAAUACUGAAAGAACAUCUUUUUUUUCUGAUAUUCAAACUAGUCAGUCUUCACAUUUCUUCAGCACCAAUUAAUUGUUGCCACAUGUUACAUAAAUGUCCUCUGCUUCUGUUUUAGAAAUGAGUGCAACAAUUGAUUCUGAGGAACUCCCUUUGCGGUGUGGCUUUUUUCAUUCCUUCCAUUCUGUAACUGAGAAAGUGUUAUGCGAAUUUUCAAGUUUGGCCCUUGACCAUGAGUUACCUCCGAACUUUAUGCCAGGAGAAGCCAUAUAUGUCCUGGUGUCUGAUUUGAGCAAUGCAGCCAGUAUGGAAUCCAAUCUUGAUCACCUUGUGAGAUGGAUGAACUUGAUUUCUUCUUCUAAAGAUACCUGCACUGAAACUAUUUCAAGCCCUGGCCAUCCCCAAGUAAUCUUAGUGGGAACACAUGCAGACAAAGUUGUUGGUGAUCCUUUGAAACCAUUGAAUGUCAUCUUGGAUAGAUUUCGUGGAGAAGGAUUUUUACCACAUAUUGUUGAUGAAAUGUUUAUUGUGGACAACACCUGUGUUGGACAAACUCAGGAGGAUGUAAAUAUUUCAAGACUGAGACAAACAAUCAUUUCCUUGGCCCCCACAUUACUUCUCAAAAAGCAAGAAAUUCCCCUGCAAUGGCUUAAAGUGGAGAAAGUACUUCAUUGCCUAGCUAUUGAACGAUUUAAGUGUCUUACUUUAAAACAAUUCAAGAGAUUAGUGAAGAGAAUAUGUCAUUUUGAACUGGAGGAAGACAGUGAUGAGCUGUUGCACUUUUUGUGCGAUUGUGAUACAGUUCAGUAUUUCACCACACAAUUUGAGUCCGAUGACUUGGUUUCCCUGGAUCCACAGUGGUCAAUUUAUCUGUUAUCCAUUUUGUCUGGCAAGGAAGGAGCUGUUAACACCACGAGGUAAGGUAAAUACCAACGCUUUAAAUUCCUCUUGAAUCUAAAGCUGGUAGUUUUUCAGCCUGAGGUUAAUCAAGUGUAGUGUUUUUUUCUCGUAUUUUUAAUGGUGUUCUCUCCUUUAUUUGCUCAAAAUGUAAACUGGAAUGUCUGAAACAAAUCAACACGUUCUCGUCCAGAUGUGUUCAGAUUGUACAAUACCAUUAUUGUCAUCUUCAAAAUAUGGGUAAAAAUCAGCGCUGAAGUUUAUCGUGUUAAAGUUUCUUAAUUUUUUAUUUCUUUAUUAAUUUUAAUUUCUUGUUACAUUGAAUUUAGAAAAGAAGUCGGGGAGAGAGACCUUUGUGAAUCGCUGUCCUUAACCCAUUCGCCCCUGAGCCGCCCGUGCGGAUCCACGUCCUUUCUAUUGCUUGUGACAUCAUCAGUUUUAACGGUCAAGGGCAACUUUGUCCGCUAACUUGUGCAGAGUGAAGAGAUCUUUCAAACCAUACCAGAAUGAGCACAAUUCAGUCAAGGAAACCGGAGAAAAAGGACAAAAACCAUGUAACAUUGACCUGAAAAUCUCCAUGAAAAUCUUGUUCCAUUGCCCACCUACCUUCCCUUUCACCUAAUCCUAAGAUCCUAAAAGCUUUCCUAAAAACUCUUCCCACCAAAAUGAAGCCUACUAAAUGCCCAGCAAGAGAAAAAAAAUCAGGCAAGAAAAGCGAAAAAAGAGGGGAGGAGAGAAAGCGAAAAGUAAGAGUGUUGUCACUUUUAAACCCAAAAUGCGCGAACGGAUGCCCGAACUUCGCAAGCUAAUAUUUUGCAUCUGGAUCAGAAGGCCGUGAAGUGUGCGACCUGUGAACGGUUUUGUGGUAAGCUUAAGCUCUUUAUAGCACGACAGUGACCAGAAAACCACUCGACUAGCUUCAAAACUUGUUUUUCGGCAAAAUCUCCAGGAGCGAAUGGGUUAAUCUUGCCUAUAUGAGUGUAACUUGCCUACAGGGGGCCAGGCGGCGUCUGUACAAUAGCCGAAAAACCUUCCACGUAAUGUCCACGCUAAAAUCCAGAAAAAAAAUAUCUGAGAAAGCGUUGAAUUCUGUUCGUCCUUCUCUUUUAUUUGCAAAAGCCACCGGCAGAGAACAACCGGUGCAACAAACAUAAGUGGUCUUACUUCACAUACUUAUUCCAGAGAGCCAAAGUACAAGUAGCAUAUAUAAACAUGAUAAAUGUGAUAAACCAGGCGGUGUGCGUCACGGCCCACAAAGGUUCAUGGGUAAAACUGUUACUGUGCCUCAUUUCAAUAGUGACACGGUCGAGUUCGCAUCUCGUAAGAGAAGUGAAUCAAACCCAGGGAUCAAAACACUGCUGCCUUUUCCGAAAAACAUUACGGAAGAGAGCGAUUUCGAGAGUUUUCAAGAUCUCAUAGUGGCCUUAGAUGCUUGCUUCAUAAGGCAAUUUCAAGACGUUUAUCGCGAUUCGGAGACGAUCGUGCGAUCUAGCCGACUUUGAGCGGCGACUUAUUUCCUGCUUCUCAUAAGAUUUUAUGUACUGUUUGGUUUAUAUGUAUGUUUUUAUCUCAUAGUGAAAGAGAUCUGUAGUUCAUACCUGGAUUUGCUUAACUAACAAAAAUUCGUCCAUUAGAAGUGUUUAUAUAUUUGAUGGACUUUGUUACCGGCAAAGCAGGGGGAGCGCGUGCAAACAGCAAGGUGAGAAAUCGUCUCUCAUAACAAUUUUAUUUUCAUCCACAAGUUUAUAUGAUUUUGAAAACAGCGCCCGUUUGAAAUCCUUAUCCGCAAAUAAAUCUUCUAUCAGGCAAGGGGAAAACAGACCGAAAGAGCCGAACAGCUGCAACACAAUCGGAAUUUCACCGAAGCUACAGCCGCAGAAAUAAACAGUGAAAUAAACCACGAUCUUGUCUGUGAGGUCAUUGAAGUGAGCGCAGUAUAUCGAUCUUGUUAUAAAGUAACCUAGUUAUAAAGUAACCUAACCUCACAGUUUUAAAAUCCUGUAUGAUGUUGUCUGGAUCUUCGAUAAUGGUUUUGUGUUUUGGUAGAGAUUUAUAACAAUUUAUUCCCUCACAUAAGUUUACACAAAGAUUUGCAUACACGUAACACACACCGCGUGCAAAUUAUUUUAAAGUCACGCUUUCAGUUUCCGCACUGGGUUAUGAAAAAUGUUUUGUUUCCAAAGGUUAUUACAAUAUUCAGACUUAUUUAGCUUUUGUGCUUUAAAAUAGAGCAAACUNAGACCCCGAAAUUUGCAAAGAAGAAAGGUUGAAGUAACAAGAUGGCCAAAAUAAUUCGAUAAAACCGCUAACAGUAACCAGCAAUAAAUCCAAGAAGAACGGCAAAAACAACACUCAAAUCAUCAUGGCGGCCUGCACAUGACCGAGCAAUUCAAACUUGUCACAAACGCUCAAGAAAGCAAAAUAUUUAAAAGUAACGCAACUGCUCUCGCGAUAAAGUGUUCCAACAACUUUUCACGGCGGUAUAGUGUCGAAAUUACCAACACAAGCUUGGAAUAAAGCGAAAAUUUCACCACGUAUACCUCUGAAAACAGCUCUUUCCGAGCGCGAAAAUCUCUCUACAAAUGACGCAUUCUGAUUGGUUGAAUCUCGUGACGCACACCGCCUGGUGAUAAACUGUCCACAAAGGCUGAGGUUUUCCCCAGGGAAUCUAUUCCGACAUUCAUUCACCAAUCACAACACCGGAAAUAACUUGCGUCAUGGCAUUUACAUUACAACCAGAGGCUUUCCCCCACAUUCUGGGUAAAUGGGAACACGGUCAACGACGGCGAUUCACAGACGCCUCUCUCCCCAAUUGUUUUCUAAAGGGGAGGGGGGCGUCUUUACACGGGCUAAUUGAAUUGAAAAUAAGUAUGUUAAUCAAAUGGUUGCGAGUGAAUCAGUGAACAAGUUCAUACACUUUCACGAGUAUACCAUUUGAUUACCUAUAAAUACCUUGGUGGACAAGUUACGUUCACAGUCGUAGGUUUUUGACAUAGUUCAUAAAAUUGAUUAUUGAUCCAGAACCCCACUAGAAGCCUUCUUGAUGUGCUCUUUCAUGUGUUUAGGUUUUCUUUAGUGUCUUUUAAUGCCUUGACUUCGUCAUUUUUCUUUACUGCCAUCUUGGCACUGACACAUAUGGAUUGCUGUCAUAGCAAUUGUGAAAUAUAAUAAAUGAAUGCUGAAAUUUCGCACCAAAGUCAAGGAGUAAUUUGUCAUCCAUGAUAUGAGAUUAAAACAUCAGAUUAUUACCUACUACAAAGAAACGGUCUGCUGGUUUGUGUGGUUGAUUUGUUGAAUCGAAUUUCUCGCAUUUACUUUUAUACCUUCAGAUUAUGUGUGCCAAAGGUAAACUGCUCAUUAAAUAGGGAGUACUGAGAUGGGUAAAUGUGCAAUGUUUUCUUCCGAAGUGCUGGGGGUAUUGCGAGUUAAAAUUUAUAAGGCAAACAACAAUGGAGGUGUUGUCAGCCAAUAAGGAGGGACGUACGGAAUCAGUAAACCCGCAGUCAAGAAGGGGUUUGUAUCCCCAGGGUGGUGACAGCUAGAUUGCUUGAUUCAGGAAGGAUGAAUUCUCGAGAGAAAACAAGAUAACUUGUGAUAUAAAAUAGGCUUCUCUUAGAAACCUAUUUUAUAAACUAGGGCCCAGUUGUUUGAAGAUUGAUUAGCGCUUAACCCAAGGUUAACUUUAACCUGGGUUUCUUUUUCUUUUGUUCAAAAGCAUUUUCUCGGAUAACUUUCGCUGUUAUUUUUACGGGCAUCCAAUCAUCAACUUGUUGACGAAAAGAAUUAAACAGAAUUUACUUUUAAGCUCCCAUAUCUGAAUUCCAAUUUCGCACUAACCCUGGGUUAUCUUAACCCUUCUUUGAACAAUCCAGCCCAGAGUGAAAAGAGAAAGGGUGAAAAAAGUAGUUCAAGUUUCACAAGUAAGGGUCAAAAAACGUAAUGUUUUGUUACAUAUAAUCACUCAAUGCAUACAGUCUAUUGUCCACUUCAAUAUAUCUGUUCUUCCAAAUGGUCACUGUAGGGUAUGCCUUGGUUUGUACAGUGUAUAUCGGUGCUGUCCUUGAUCACAAUCAUUGAUUGGUACUUCACCUGAUUGGAAGUAUUCAUUCCUCUUUCCUUCUCCAUGUAAAGUCAAGCCUAACUAAAAUAGUUUCCCCGCCGAACUUAACUAUCUUACUGCGCUUUUCACAAACAUGCGAACUAUAAAGUUGAAAAGCCGUCUUCACAAUUGCGUUUUUUGCCGCUGUCAAUCAUAAUUACGAUCACAAGCAACAAACCUUGAAACACAGAAACACACAAAACGGAUCGAAAUCCACCAAUCACAAAUCACAAACUUUGACCUUUUGAACCCGUUAAAGUAAAGUUUUGUUUCCUAAGAGGUCCGUUAGAUGAUUGACGGCAGCGAAGAACGCAAUCGUCAGUUGGCUUUUGAACUUCAGAAUUCACAUGUUUGUGAAAAGCGCAGUAAAGUAGGCUCUUCUGCACGCUACGGAACAGCUGUUUACCACCUUCCUACCUUUUGUCAUCAGGAAAAACAAGAUCGUUGACAUACUGUUCAUAACCUUACGUUCUAUCUUCAGGCAGUGUCGGGAAUCAGCUGAGAUUUUAUAAUCGAUCAUCGGAAAUAACACUGGAUUGACCCAACUGACCCAUGAUCAAUUAUAAUCUGAAUAAUCUCUUCAUAAGAAUUUUAUACAUUUUCCACAGUACAAAGUACAUGCAAUACGAAGUUUUUUUAGUCUUUUGACUGUGGGCAGGUUUUAUUAAAAGGGGGCUUAAGCAAAAACGUAUUUGAGCAACACAAGUGAACCGGAAGUAUAUAGCAUGAUGCCACCGAGAAGUGCAAAAAGUUUACUUCUGGUUGACAUGCGUAGCUAAAAAACAUUGUUGCUUAAACUCCCUAAAAACAAAUUAACAAUCUUCUUGGUUUUACAUUUACCGUUUCAUAUUUUCUCUUCAAAUAACACCAUUAAUAAAAAACAUUAAUUCGCCAUUAUUAAGUCAACAGGAAUGAUUUGACAUGA